AUGGGGGUGGGCAACGCAAAAAUUGUAACUGAAAAAAUUGAAAAACUGACAGAGCAAGUAAAAAAACUGAAACACAAAAUACGAACACUAGAAGACAGAAAUCGUCGAAAUAAUCUUCGUAUAGAUGGGAUUGGUGAAACAGAGGGAGAGAAUUCAGAGGAAAUCGAAGACAAGGUACAGAGGUUGUUUAAAAAUCGAUUAAUCAUCACAAAAGACAUAGACAUUGAAAGAAUCCAUAGAAUGGGACCAUAUACAGCACAAGAUAACGCCAGACCACGGACAAUAAUAUUUAAAUUACUGAAUUACAAAGACAAACUCCUAAUAUUAAAAAAUGCUAACAGAUUAAAGGACACAAACAUCUACAUUAAUGAGGAUUUUUCGGAUGCAACAAACGAAAUAAGAAAGGAAUUGAGAGUACAAAUGAAAAAAGACAGGGAAAACGGAAAAUUCUGGCGAAUUGUUUAUGAUAGACUGAUCACAAGAGAAUUCAAAGAGAAAAAUACAGGUGAAAACUAA